UGUUAUCUUUGCAUGGCAGAAAAUAAUGUUUAACAUCUACAACCCUAAUACAUCAACUACUAGCUCAGAGGUCCCUUGUAGCAGCGAUUUCUGUAGACAACCGGGGCAAUGCUCUUCUCAAGGUACUUGUGAAUAUCGUGUUAAAUAUAUCGAUAAUGACACUUCAUCUGGAAUCUUGGUGGAGGAUGUAUUGCAUUUAAUCACCGAUGAUGAUCAAGCAAAACCUGUCAAUGCUAAUAUUACAUUUGGCUGUGGACAAGUUGAGACUGGUUCUUCCUCGGACGGUGGAGUUCCUAAUGGUCUUUUUGGGCUUGGUAUGGACAACAUAUCGGUUCCCAGCAUCCUAGCAAAAAAAAACCUUACUUCAAAUUCUUUUUCUAUGUGUUUUGGAGCUGAUGCGGUUGGGAGAAUCAGUUUUGGAGAUAAAGGAAGCUCUGACCAAGGAAAAACACCAUUUAAUACUGGUAAAUAUCCAACUUACAAUGUCAGCAUCACUCAAGUAAAUGUAGGAGGAAAAGUUCAAAAUCUUGAAUUUAGUGCAAUUUUUGACUCUGGCACCUCAUUUACAUACUUGAAUGACCCAGCUUAUACACAUAUCUCUGAGAGUUUCAAUAAGCGGGCUUCAGCCAGACGAAAUACAUCCAAUCCUGACCUCCUCUUUGAAUAUUGUUACAACUUAAGGGCAAAUCAAACCAACGUAACAUAUCCUGUAGUGAAUCUGACAAUGCAAGGCGGAGACACUUUUUAUGUUAAUAAUCCAAUAGUAGUACUGAUCAAUGAGCAGGGUGAAGCUGUAAUAUAUUGUUUAGCCAUCAUCAAGAGUGAUGAUGUGAACAUCAUUGGACGUGAGUUUCUUUAUACAAUAAAUUUGCUUGUAAGAACUUGCUUUUUUAUUGAUUGAAUGACUUCUCAUGGUUUAAAUUUCAUUUAUUGUACUUCAGAAAACUU